AUGGAGGCCAUGGCGCCCGCGACCGCCGAGACCGCGGUGGCCGUGGUCGGCGUCUCCUCGUCUGCCGAGGCCACGAUGGCGGAGGCCAGAGACCCUGAGACCGCCGAGGCCCCCACCCACCUCGAGCUCUCCCGUCCCUCUCCGCACCGGCCACACCACGCCCCGCCCCAUGCCCCUCCGCCUCCUCCCGCCGCCGCGCCACUCCUCACCCCGACCGUCCCCCACCUCGCGCGUCUCCUCCUCGCCCAUGCGCCGGACACCCCUCCGCUCCUCCUCGCGCUCCUCCCGGCCUGCCCGGCCCUCCUCACGCCGCUCCUCUCCCACCUCCUCCUCUCGCACUCGCCGCCGCUCCCGGCGCUCUCCCUGUACCGCCGCCUCCUUGCGCUCCGCCACUUCUCGGUGCCGGAGAGCUCCCUCCCGGCCCUGCUCCGCCUCCUCGCGCGCUCCCGCCGCCACGCCCACCUCUCGUUCCCGCUGCUCGAGUCCCUCCCGUCCACGCACCCGCACCUCCUCACCACGCCCGCGCUUGCCGCCUUCGGCGCCGCCGAGCUCAAUGCGCUGCUCCGCGCCUUCUGCGCCCGCGGCCGCGUCGCCGAGGCCCGCGCGCUCUUCCACCGCUACUGCGACGCGUACCCGCCCGACACGCGCACGUUCAACACGCUGCUGCUCGGGUUCAAGGAGGCCGGACACGCCCACGCGCUGGACCUCUUCUACCAUGACGCCGUGCUGCGGGGUUUCGUGCCGGACGCCGUGUCGUACUGCGUCAGGAUAGACGCUUACUGCAAGAAAGGCAGGUUCCUGGACGCCCUCGAGCUGCUCGACGAAAUGCGCAACAAGGGGGACUGCAAGCCCACGCUGCAGGUGUUCACUACAUUGAUAUACGGAGCUGGGAUUGUGAGGAGCGCGGCGAGAGCACGCCUCCUGUUUGAUGAAAUGGAGAAGUGGGGAGCGACUCCUGACCGUGGUGCUCAUAAUGCGCUCAUGGGCGCGUAUGUGAGGGCUAGGGAUUUGCAGUCUGCGAUGGCGGUGAUGGGUGACAUGGAGAGGAAGGGGAUCGGUCUAGAUGAUGUUAGCUACAACACGAUGCUUUGCGGGUUUCAGAGAGUUGGCGACUUGGAGGGGAUCUGGAAAGUGUACAGCAAGAUGGUUAGCUCAGGGUUUAUGCCGAGGACCAGGACGACGAUGCUGCUCAUGAAGGUCUUCUGUGAGAAUGGACGACCUGACCUUGGGCUGGAGCUGUGGGAUUAUCUGAUGGGAAAGGGAUGUGUACCUCACCGGCAUGCAUUGGACAUUCUGGUUACCGGUUUAUGCUGUAGAGGUGUGGUUUCUGAGGCAUACAGGUGUUUCAGGGAAAUAAUCGAGAUGGGGAUGGCACCAACAGAGCGAGCAUUUAGGGUUUUGGAAGGGUUUUUAAGGCAGACACGGGAAUACGGGAAAGUUGAGGAGAUUAGGCAAAUGAUGAAGGCUGCCCAGCUGGAGGGGCAUCAGAUUGAAGAAGAGGCUGUGUGA